UACAAAAUAAAAUCUUCAAUGUACGCUACCAUCGAGCUGACGGAGAAAAUUCUUUUUCUUAGUGGUUACUUAAGUUUAUUUUCUACGGCAUCCCUUCCAUCAUCCACCCGGUACAAUUCCCGGAUCAAAGCGGCAACCGAGCAUAGCGAAAGUCGUCGAUCGCCGGCAGCAAAGCGGAGGGAUACGGUGCACGGUGUAUGGUGUUGCUCGCUGGCGACAGAACGGCUAUCAUGUUCACGGAGAAACUGUUCGGCAAUCUCGGCAUGGAUAUGAUAGCGAGCAACGAUUCGGAGGAAUCGGCGGAAAAGCUAGCCGGCGGAAUGCCCAUGGCGGUUAGUACGGUGAUAACGGAUCUCGGGAAAUCUCUGCUGCAGGCGGCACGCUGGGGCAACACGGAUAAGGUGCACGAAUUGAUGAGCCGGGGAGCACCAUUUUCGGCCGAUUGGCUUGGCACAACACCGCUUCAUUUGGCUGCGCGGUUUAACCACCUCGAAACGUGCAAGGUUUUGUUGAGAGCCGGCAUCAGCAAAGACUCCAAAACGAAGGUGGAUAGGACGCCACUGCAUCUAGCCGUGUACCAUGGGCACGUCGAGGUGGUGGAGCUACUUUUAAGUAACAAAUGUGAAGUCGAUGCGAGAGAUAUGUUGAAAAUGACCGCGCUUCACUGGGCGGUGGAAAAGCAACAAAGGAAGAUCGUAGAAAUGCUACUGCAGCAUGGAGCCGAUCCGAACGUUGUGUCCAAGUUUGGCAAGACCCCGAUUCAGAUAGCGACGGAUACGGGCCAGACGGAGGUCUUGCGAUUAUUGCAGCUUGCGAAUCAGAUGCGUACGACAAACAGCGAACAGGUAGGGGUACAAGAGGCCACCGAUAGUUUGAUGUACGAACUGAAGCAGCAUAAAGAACGCCACCUGGGAACGCAAACGUCCACCUCCGGGGGUGAGCACAUACACGUGGACGAUGAUAAUAUCACGAUGGACCUGAGUAACGACGAUAGCAUAUCGAGCGGGAUGCACCGGCUCGCCGACGACUCCGCGCACGAUAUGGAUCAUCUGAUCGAGAAGGAGGACAGCCUUAGUGAUGCCAUAACGAACCUGGAGCAGAGCACCGAGACGGAUCCGAAAAAUCUCGACUCUUCCACGUUGCAGAUGCUGAAGGAGCACGGUAUCGCACUGAUGCCUUCGGACGACACCGGUAGCCUUAUCACGUCGGCCAUCAAAAGCGGUCGGAAAAUUGUGCUCUCGGAGGCGGGUAAGUUUGCGCUAAAGGAAACGAGAGUUCUUCAAAGCCAGGCGUCUACGACGGCGCAGUUGCAGCAGCCACAACAACAGCAGCCGAGGCAAACGUUGCACACCGCUACGGUGGCGCACGCCGGUGGUGUCGUAACCUCCAAGCCGAAGACGAUCAAAAUCAUCAAAAAACAAUCCUCCGCUUCCUACGGUGUUGGCUUAGCUAAUCAACAACACCAGCAGCAGCAGCAGCAGCAACAGCAACAUCGGCAGCACGUGCAACAUCAUGUCCAGCAGACAGGUACGGGUACGACGGCGACGAUCAAGACGAACAAGGUGAUUAAAAUUCUGUCGGCGGAAGAGUUCAAGCAGAUCUGUGGCGGCGAGAUGGGAAGUAUUAAGAGAUUACCUUCAACGGAACAUCGGAAAACGGUAACCCCGACAACCGUACGAGUGCCUAUCGGCCAUCGAACACAUACGAUAGGAAUGCCCUCCGGUGCGAAACAGAUCAACAAAGUCGUCAUGAAAGCCGGCCAUCGCAUCCCCGUGACGUCGGGCGGCCUAAACGUUAUCAGCGCGUCCGCCGGUAGCAAUAGCAACAAUAGUACAACCUCCGGAACCAGCGGUAUAAGCAUAGCGAACGGGCUGAGCACUGGCAGCAGUCAGAACCGACACAUCAUCACCUCGGCAGACGGUGUGAAGCGGUUGCGGACGGCCACCGGGAUGGAGAUAAUCUCCUCGCUACCCACCAAGCUGCCGCAGGACACGGUCGUCUCGGUGGAAUCGUCACCCCGGCUCAUCUCCGGUCCCAGCCUCGGUGGGACGGUGCAUCGCGUGACGACGCUGGGCGGUAACUCUAGUUCCUCUUCUCAGUCGGCCAGCAACGGAACCGUCGCUACGAGCCGGAUGGUCGAGCUGCUCGAGCGCCAGAUACUGGAGCAGAAAAAGCUCACCGAAGAUCUGCGGAAACAGUUCGAACUGUCCCAAAAGCAGAACGAGGAGUACCGGGCGCGAGUAGACAAGCUGGAGAAGGAAGUGCAAAAGCUCAAGCAGAGUUCAAGCUUCAUUGAAAUAAUCUAGAACUAACUGCGCCGUAGGUGGACUAGUGUGGAAAAUCAGGAACCAUGAUAUUUCCACCCCAUCCGGCGCUCCAGAAUAUUUA